AUGGGUUCAAAAUCCUCAAAAUCUAUUGGAGAAUACACAUGUUUCAAGUGCAAAAAGCGUGGGCACUUCAUUUCAGACUGCCCUCUCUGGGAAGCUAAAAUCCGUGCUAGUGGGAGAUAUGAUUCGAGCAACCAUCGAAGCAAAGGCAAGAGCAAGAACUAUGACUCCGAUGAUGAGAAGAAAACAAAGAAUUUCUUGAAGAAGAAGGACAGCUCCACCUCAAAAUCAUCGUCAAAAUCUUCCUCAAAGAAUCCUUCCAAGUCCUCCAACAACCGCAAGAACACUUCUCACAAGGCCAAGGCAUACAUCGACAAGGAAAUGGAUUAUGAAGAAGAAGAAUCAUCAGGUUCCGAAGAAGAAGAAUUCGAUGCAGAUUUUGACUCCGACAUGGCUGGCAUAGCAUGUGCCUCCUCUGCUAUGACAAACUUCUUCGGGAAUCCUUCAAGUGAUGACGAAUAUCCUGCAUACUGCUUCAUGGCCAAGGCUUCGAAAGAAAAGGUAUCCUCCAAACAUCACAAGACUCACUCAAGUGAUCAAUAUUCUUCUGAUGAGGAUGACCAUGCUAAGUUGAUCAAAAUUGCCAAUAUACAACAAAAUUCUCUUGAGAAAAUUGAGAAAACCCUCAGGAAAUCUGAAAGGUUGUGA